GGUUCGAUGGAACCUUUAGAUAAGAUAAUAGAAUAUUCAGACAAACACAAUCCAAUAUUGUAACUGUAAAAUGGAUGUUGUUCUUUUACGGCUCUUUCUUCUCUCCGUUUAUGUUUGUCAUACGUCAGGCUUACUAAACCAUGAUGAUGCAGGAACCCUAAGCUUAAAUGAUGUUUUGGACAGUUUGAAUGAUAGUGACCUGGUUCCCGAGAAGAAAAUUACAAUUGGUGAUCUGAAGAUGGUGAUUCUGGCUUUACAGAGUGACUACACAUCCAGGUUGAAUACUCUGAAGAAUGACUUAGAACUUUCAUUGAGAUCCCAACAGAAUCGUAUUCGGUAUCUAGAGAAGAAAGUAGCUUACCAAGGAAAACUUAUAAACUUUCUUGAAAAUAGGGAGUCUUUUAGAAGUCGUCAAACACAGUCAGCAAAUAACCCACAGCCACAUAUACACGAUGCAAGCAACGACGUAGAAGCUAAGAACUCGACCGGGUACUUUUCCCUUGAUAUAAAAGAAAUGCAAAGCAAAAAUUGGAGUGGAGAAUUGUCAGGACACCCUAAACGUGAGAGACAAGAAAGGCUGCUUAUUCAAGAAAUACCGACGUCUAGCGCAGUCGUUGCAUUCUAUGCUUAUUUGUCUAAAAGUCUACCUGCCAAUGAAGCCACUCCGCAUCAUGUCCUUAUAUUUGAUAUGGUUCGAACCAACAUCGGUAACGCCUACCACUCGUCCACAGGGGUGUUCAUAGUUCCCGAGACAGGGGUAUACGUGUUCAUUUGGAGUUUUAUGAAUGGAAACACCGAUGAGCACUCUACCCAACUAAUGAUAAACACAGUAGAAUGGGGUAUAGUUCAUGCUCAUUCUGCAUCUAGUAGUUGGAUGCAGAGUACAGGUGUAGUGGUUGCUCAUGUAAAUAAAGGGGACGACGUUUUCGUACAAACGUCAGGAGCAAGCCGGGGAGAGAUAUAUAGUGGGGGUUAUAGCAGAACUAUGUUUGCUGGAUGGAAACUACACUAAAUACCUUUUUUUGUUGAAAUAAUGUUCUUCGAAAAUAUUUAAUUUUCCUUCGUUUUUUUUUUAUCUUGAAUCCAAAUAAACAAUUUUCAGUUUUCA